UGGAACAUAUCACUCCAGAGAUGAAAGCACAGACAGUGGACUUAGCAUGAGCAGUUAUAGUGUACCUAGAACCCCCGAUGACUUCCUGAACAGCGUGGAUGAGAUGGAUACAGGUGACAGUAUCAGCCAAAGUAACAUACCGUCCCAUCAGAACCGUUUCCCAGACUACCUUGAAGCCAUUCCAGGGACAAAUGUGGACCUUGGGACACUGGAAGGAGAUGGGAUGAAUAUAGAAGGAGAAGAACUGAUGCCAAGUCUGCAAGAGGCUUUGAGCUCUGACAUCCUUAAUGACAUGGAAUCUGUCUUGGCAGCCACCAAGCUAGAUAAAGAGAGUUUUCUUACUUGGUUAUAGGGUCUCAGGGAGACUGAAUUCUAAAUCUGUGAAGGAUCUAAGGAGAUUAGGACAUCUGUAUCUGAAGCUCAGAACAAGCCAGUGUGGCACACUUGGGCUUGUGUUCAGAAAAAGUAAAUGAACAAAUACUCAACAAGAUUCUUUCAUUUUGCUCUUCCUUGUCCAUCGCUGCUGUUAUAUAUUGCUGACUUUUUUCCACAGUUGACUCUGAAAAACAGACAUCUUGAUCUUUUUCUAUUGCUGUUGCAACUACUGUUCAAGGGGGGUGGGGAGGGACGAUGAGCCUAUUUGGAUGACGAAUGCCAUUCCUUUUGUCCUAGUGUGCGCUUGCAUAUCAUUUUAUCUAAGUACUCAGAUUGAGAGUUAAUUUCUGCAUGUCACUGCUUGUAGUUUGCUCAGCUAGUUGUCUCUUGCUGCCUGUGGCAAGUGGUAAAACAUGACAUACUGGGGUGACAAGCCAAAAAUGAUGUAUCUGGUCAAAAGAAGUCAAUACUGAUUUGGAGAUAUACCUUAAAGGAGGGCUGAAGACUGUUUGGCAUUAAGUGUUUCUACUAGUAGCUUUUUGAUUAGUCACAAAGUGCUCUUGUUCAUAUUUUAUGUUAUAGUAAAUCAUGAAUCAUUUUACAUAGAAACGUAUAUGAACUUUGAUUGUUGCCACAUAUUCUAGCCUUUCGUUUGUCAAAAAUUGAUUAUUUUUGUUAGUUGGUUUAACUGUAGCUGUAGGAUGGGAAGUAAUUGUAGGUGGGUUUUUUUUAAAUUAGUGAAAUCUAAGGGUUUUUUCUGAUUUCACAUAGUCUUAUUUAAAUCUGAAUUGUCUGCUUCUUUAAUACUUAAAACAUGCCUAUUGUAGCCUGAUAAGCUAGUGAGUACAUAAACCAGUAUGUUUUGCCUGUAACUUUUUUAUUUUUUAAAGGCUAGCUUGAAUGUAAUCAGUAGAAUUCAUGACCAGUGGCUUAUUUUUCAUGUUUAUUUGCAAGAUUUGUAAUUAGAAUCUGUGUCAUAUGUACAAUUUUUAAAUGCAUUUUAAAGUAGCAGAAACCAUU